AUGAACUCAGUAUCCACUAACACUUCCUUUACGGAUGUUAGGAUUGUUAAAAUCUAUUUUAAGAUUCAUUACAUAACACAAUAUGGAUAGGCAAUUUAUUUAUGUGGAGAUGAUGAAUUUUUAGGAAUGUGGGAUCCUUGUAAGGCACUUCGUUUAUAAUGGAAUUAGGUAUAUAAUUAUAAUGAAUACAUAAGAAUAACGAAUGGACAAUUUGUGUCAAAAUGCCUAGGAUUGCCCGAAAAUUUGAGUACAAAUUCUUAGUCAACGAUUAUAAUGAGCCUUCCAUUCACAAAGCUUAUUGGGAACCUGGUGAAAAUCGUAUUAUCACCAAACAUUUGCUUCUUAAUGGCAGGAAGAGCGAGUACUUCAAUCGUAAUACAGUUCUAAUGUUAUUCUAGAGGAAUUUUGGGGAUAUAGAACUAUAAAAUUAAAACUCAAUCACACCUUAUAACCAAAAGAACGCAUGAUGAUAAUAGGAUCUAUUCCUGAGAUUGGUUCCUGGAAAUCACCUGUACUUAUGAAAUAGCAAUUGAAAAUUGAUAUUUGUAAUAAAUCAAUCAAAUGUUUCUAGUAACUCAAGAACCCAUCCAAUAAUGGUCAAUAUCAUUUAUUGUAAAUCCCUUAAACUUUUUCUUUCGUUAUUAUUAUGUUAUAAGAAAUGAUGAAACAGGAAAUAUGAUAUGGGAACGUGGCAAUGGGCGUUACUUAAAAACAGCAGAUUUAUCUUCAAUAAGGUAAGUGUUAGAUUAAUAUGAUCUUCAUCCUAUAAAAGUGAAGACUCAAAUAUAUACAGCAUUUUAGGCUAGGUAAAUACAUAAAAAUGGAUCAUUCUCUUCUUCCAAAAUACCAAAAUCUAAGAUCAAAUAAAAUAAUUAGGGAUACUCUUUUGCUGAUAAAGAACCUUCCUUUUUUUAUUAUGAAGAAUUUGGAAGAUUAAAUAAAUUGGAUUGGAAUUUUGUAGUACAAUUUUAAACUUAUGAAAUAAAUGAGAAUAUAUUAAUAGGACCUUAUCCAUAAAAUGAAUAAGAUAUUCUCUAUUUAAAAUAAAAAUAAGUUAGAGCAGUUCUCAAUCUCUAAACUCGUCUUGAUAUGUUUCAUCGUGGAGUUAAUUGGGAGUAAAUUGUAGAUGCUUAUAAACGACAUAAUAUUGUGAUGAAGAAUUAUUAAAUAUUUGAUAUGGAUUCAGAAGAUUUUGAAAAGAAAUCUAAUAAAGCAGUUUAAAUUCUUAAAAAAUUAAUAAAUGAGUAUGAAUAUGUCUAUGUUCAUUGUACAGCUGGGAUAGGUAGAGCUCCCUCAAUAGUAGUACUUUAUUUGGCAUCAAUCCUUCAAUAUGAUUUAAAAGAAGCAAUAGAAUUUGUCAAACAAAAAAGACAGUAAUUUUACAUUAAUUAUUGUAACACUACUUAUCUAAUAUUAUAUAGCAAUGCUCAAAAAGUCAUUCCAAAAAACGCUUGUAUUUAAUCAUGGAUUAGGAUAUUAAGAUUUAACUUAAACACUUUGA